GACGUUGUGGGCUUGGUGAUGUAUCUUGAGAACAGUUUCAUUAUUCCUCGUGCGAAGGUAGCGGUACAUUUCCCUCUUAAAGUGAGUCCGUAGCCAAGGGCGUGGGCUGAGACGAACAGAGUGCCCUUGUACCCGCUCCACCCUCCUUGUUUUUACCGGGCCGACGGGCGACCCGCACGGGCUCGACAAGAUGAGUGACAUGAGUCGACUAACGGGAAAGAUUGGAGACGCAACUUUGAUAGAGAUGAGCCCGGAUUCACCCUGUGAUGAGGACAACAACGGCUACCACCACCAUCACCAUGACAUCGACCUUGACGAGUAUCCACACUCCCAACCUGACCCCUCAGAGGUCGACAAGCAUCAGCAGAGUAAGGACUCUGUGUUCUUCCGGGAUGGAAAGAAGAGGGUUGACUUCGUCCUGUCCUAUGUGGAUGACCGAGACGGAGAGAAGAAACAGGAGAGGCGGAGGGAAUAUGAGGCUAACCUACAGAAAGCAGGGCUGGAGCUGGAGACAGAGGAUAAAUCGGAGUCAGAUGACAGGAAGACGUACUUUGUGAAGAUCCACGCUCCAUGGGAGGUUUUGGCCACCUACGCCGAUGUCCUGAAGAUCAAGGUUCCCUUCAAGGAAAACGACAUCCCCGUUCACCAGGACAUUCCCAUGGAUUGGCUGUUCACUCCUUUCCGUCUACCGGAUCACAUUAUGAAUCCUGAACCGGACUAUUUCACCUCACCUUUCAACAAGGGAAAGAUUGACUUCUUCCUCAUCGAUGACAAGGAGACAUUCUUCCCUCCUUCCGUCCGCAAUAGGAUAGUGUACUACAUCCUAGCCCGUUGUCCCUACCACAAGACGGACAGAGAGGACAAGAAGGGCAUCAAGCGCCUGCUCAACAACGCCACCUACGGGUCUGCGUUCCCACUACAUGAUUCUCGAUACUGGAAGCCAUCCAGAGAUUCCAACAGUGAGAGUGAGAGAUUCAACCUCUACACACACUGGGCCCAGUUCCUCAGUUUCUUCAAAGAGCAGCCUCUCAACUUGAUACGGAAGUAUUACGGGGAGAAGAUUGGGAUCUACUUUGCCUGGCUGGGUUUCUACACUGAGAUGCUCUUCUUCGCUGCGGUAGUCGGCCUGAUCUGUUUUCUCUAUGGAUUGUUCACCUUCGAUGACAACGUCUGGAGUAAAGAAAUCUGUAGUGAGGAGAUUGGAGGCAACAUCAUCAUGUGUCCGCUGUGUGAUAAGAAAUGUGGCUACUGGAAACUCAACUCCACGUGUAACUCUUCCUGGCAAUCACAUAUGUUUGACAACGUGGGGACGGUGUUCUUUGCCAUAUUCAUGGGGAUUUGGGUGACUCUGUUCCUGGAGUUCUGGAAGCGUCGGCAGGCCCGUCUGGAGUACGAGUGGGACCUGGUGGACUUCGAGGAAGAGCAGCAACAGCUCCAGCUGCGACCAGAGUACGAGACCAAGUGUACCAGCCGCAGACUUAACCGCGUCACACAGGAGAUGGAGCCAUACUUACCCGUAACAUCUCAGUGUGCUCGUACAUUCCUGUCUGGAGCCACCGUCAUAUUCUGGAUCUCCCUGAUCAUAGCGUGUAUCAUCGGGGUGAUAGCGUACCGUCUGGCGGUGUACGCGGCGUUUGCUAGCAUCAUGAAGGACAGCCCCACCAACAACAUCCACAUGGUGGGCUCCCUCAUCACCCCUCAGCUCGCCACCUCUGUCACCGCUUCCUGCAUCAACUUCGUCAUAAUCAUGAUCCUCAAUCUGAUGUAUGAGAGAGUGGCCAUCUGGAUCACUGACAUGGAGAUUCCCAAGACGCACCUGGAGUACGAGAACAAGUUGACGGUGAAGAUGUUUCUGUUCCAGUUCGUCAACUACUACUCUUCCUGUUUCUACGUGGCCUUCUUCAAGGGGAAGUUCGUCGGCCAUCCCGGAGACUACAUCUACAUGUUCGGCUGGAGCAAGCUGAGGAACGAGGAGUGUGACCCAGGUGGCUGUCUGAUUGAGCUGACCACCCAGCUGGUCAUAGUGAUGUCUGGGAAACAGGUGUGGGGUAACGUCCAGGAGGCUUUGGUCCCGUGGGUAAUGAACCGGUGGGGGAGCCGUAAAGCCCGCAGCCACCCAGAGAGCCGCUACAGCCGCUGGGAGCAGGACCACGACCUGCAGAACUUUGGACAUCUGGGACUCUUCUAUGAGUACCUGGAGAUGGUGAUCCAGUUUGGUUUCAUCACUCUGUUCGUGGCCUCCUUCCCUCUGGCCCCUCUGCUGGCGCUGUUGAACAACAUUAUAGAAGUUAGAGUGGAUGCCUGGAAGUUCACCACCCAGUUCCGCCGGCCCGUAGCAUCUAAGGCCCACAGCAUCGGUGCCUGGCAGGAAAUACUUAACGGGGUGGCCGUCCUGUCGGUCGUCACCAACGCAUUCAUCGUAGCCUUCACAUCAGACAUGAUUCCCCGGCUGGUGUACAUGUACGCCUACAGCAAAGAUCUCUCUAUGAAGGGCUACAUCAGCAACAGCCUGUCAGUGUUCAACAUCUCUGGGUUCUCUGAGGAGAACCGGCCUGAAGACGGAGAGAGCCCUGCAUGGUUCAACAGCUCUGUCAUCACCACCUGCAGGUACCGUGACUACCGCUACCCAUCGGGCCAUGAGAAGGAGUACUCUCACACCAUGCAGUUCUGGCACAUCCUGGCUGCCAAGCUGGCCUUCAUCAUUAUCAUGGAGCACGUCGCGUUUAUGGUGAAGUUCUUUGUGGCGUGGAUGAUUCCUGACGUUCCCUCCGAGGUGAAGGCCAGGAUUAAACGAGAACGCUACCUCAUCCAGGAGUACCUGCACAACUACGAGGUGGAGAAGCUGAAGAUCCAGCUCAGCCACAGAAACGAUGACUGCUGCUGCACCCCUAUGGUCUACCCCGACAUAUCCCGGCACGUAGUGCUGUCCGAGUGUCUCUAGCACCCGUCCUCGCCCUCCGCCCACUCAUUUGAUUUUGGCUCGUGUUCAUUAGGUCACACCACGGAAAACGUUUUAAAAUGUUUUUCAACAGGAAAUUUAAAUUAGCUUUUUUUUUUCUUUUUUUUUUUCAUUGGACAAAUCCAGGUAGAGUUACUCCCUGUUUGAAUCUGUUUUGUUCCGUUUGGUGCCUGAUGAACAGGACCCUGUUUCUGGUUGGGCUGGGGCCUGGGCUGGUCUUAAGGAGAUUCUCUGUAAAACUACCCUGAGAGGUGGGCGAUCUGUAAUACAAAGGGCUCAGUCUGCUGGUGGAGUGGAGAGAAAUCCUCACAGAAAUAGAGUACCAAAUACAAUCCAUCAUCAUCAUCAUCAUCAUCAUCAUCAUCAAAUACAAGAAGAUACUACAUUUAGUAUGUCUUUAGGUCCGUCUAUGUAUGGUCUAUGGAUUUCAGAUCUUCUCUUCAAUCAACCACCCGCCCACACUACAACACUACAUCUAUACUAACAGCAUGGGGGAAGCAGGGAAACAUGGCUGCUGCUAGUAAUCAUACUCUUACAGUAUGUCCAUUUCAUCUCUCUUUCUCUCUCUUUCUCGCUCUCUCUCGCUCUCUCUCGCUCUCUCUCGCUCUCUCUCGCUCUCUCUCGCUCUCUCUCGCUCUCUCUCGCUCUCUCUCGCU